CUUUCAGUAUAAUGAGAAAAUGGACACGAUAAGUGACCGACAUCACCGAUGUCUCUUUGGGUGGGUCCAUGUUUCGACAACAAUCCGCCUAAUCAUUGCCUAUUUUAUCCUAUUUAAUAUAGGAUUGGGUCUUCUUGGUUUGCCAUGGUUCAGUAUUUACAUUGGACUGACUGGACUGUGUAUAUGCGGAUUUACGUGUUUUCAGGUUUUCAAGAAAAAUGAUAGAUACAUGCUACCAUUUUAUCUUUAUGUGCUCUUUACAAUAUUUUAUCUUUUGUUUUUGGGAGGAUAUUUCUUCUUUGUCAAUAUAUUUUACAAGGAAUUGGUUAAACAAGCACUUGGUGAUCAUUCCGAUUCCGUUUCAUUUAUCUGGCAUUUUGCUGAUAUAAUGCUCAUAAUGCUUCAUGCGUGGGCGCUCAGUGUUACCUCAAAAUGUCGAAAAUACUUUCGAUGGGUGGCCGAAGGAGGUCAGAAAGAAAAUCCAAAAGGUCGCCUCGAAACAUCUAAUACAUUUGAGCAAUCCAAUUGCAGUAUGCUUAUGGUGGAACUUCCAACCACAAGCACAGCUCCUCGCCACGAAUCGAAACCGGACAUUUUUUGAUUUUAAGAUCUCAUUAUUCGUUCGUUACUUUGUUGAACGAAUGAUUUUUUUAAUUUGACAAAUGACUAGAAAUUGUGAAAUCAUUGUGCAAAUUGCGGGUUCUACUGUUAAAACUUCCGGUAUUUUCCUCUCUCUUUUAAUAAAUUUUAUAUAAUCAAUAAAUAAAUCAAUCAAUAAAAUGUUGUUUCAAUGA